UAAAACCUCAUAGUUUUCAGAGUAAUCAAGUAAAUACUUUCUUCGAAAAAUAUAUCCAAAAAUAUACACGUUUCCAGCAUUUUACACGAGGAUCUCCCAUUAAAGGUGUGUUAGCGUAAAUAAGUAUACAGCAAUUGGCCGCCUCAAGGCGCUGUACGCAUCGAGGAAGUAUUUUUCACUUAACAUCUAGGCGCCGCACGCAAUCAAAAGGUUAAAGUGCUCUAUUCAAAAUGAAGCUUCAUUGUAAUGUAGAAAUAAAUAAUAGAUCAUUUGCAACAAAUAUAAUAAGAAAAAAAUCACAACGUUCCAUUUUAGCAAUUGGAAAACCGACAAUAAAAAGUACAGAAUUAUAUAUUCUUUGGCAAACAUUACAAAAUAAGCAGGCUAUUAAAUAUAAGAUUGAUAAUAAUAUAAAUAAAAUAUUUACAAAAUUUAUCGAUGAAGGAAAGGCUACAAUUCGAUUAAUACAACCACCACAUGAUUUAAUUAUUCAGUCUGAUAUAAUUCAGCUAAAAAGUUUCCUUCAUAUUUUAAAACUUGGAAUAACUAAAAAAAUUGAUUCAUCAGUACUUGAUAUUUUAAAUCUAAACCCAAAAUGCAUGAGUUCUGCUCCAAAGAUUAAAGUGGUUGUUAAUAAAUCUUCAGAAUAUCCAACUUUGGAGGGUUUUCCAAGAACAACAGAAGAAUUAUAUUUAGUAGGAUUAAAUAGAAAAUCAUUUGAUAGACAAAUUUUAAAGCUUCAAAGUUUAAGAAUUUUAAAUUUAUCUAACAAUCAGAUUUGUUCUUUACCAAAUGAAUUGGGCACUUUACAGCAUUUACAACAACUUAUUUUAUCACAAAAUCGACUUCAUAAAUCUUUGAAAUGGAUAUGGUUAGAUCAAAUUGCUGUAAGAUCCAAUUUAAAAUUAUUAGAUAUAAGUAAUAAUAUGUUACAAAAAUUACCGCAACAAAUUGGAAAACUUGAUGGCCUUAUUAACUUGAAAGCGAGUCAAAAUAUGUUGACAUAUAUACCACAAAGUCUUGGAAAGUUACAUAAGUUGAAAUAUUUAGAUUUAUCAAAAAAUAAUUUACAUUGCAUGCCUGGAAGUAUAAGGAAUUUACAUCUUAUUUUGUUAGAUUUAUCGGACAAUGAAUUUCUACCUACAGAUUCAUAUUCCAUGUGUAAAAUCGAUGUGCCAAGUUUAACUGAAUGUGCAGCCAAGUCAUUUUUAAAAACAAGAUGCUCAUAUGAUGCAAGCAUAAUUCCAGUCACAUUGGUAAAAUAUUUGGAUGAGGCAAAGUAUUGUAUUUGUGGCAAUCCAUGUUUUCAAUGUUAUAUAAGGAAAUUAGUGAAAUUUGGUUUAAAUACAAUAGCAACUACUACAAAGAUAUCACGAACUACUGUAGUACCAUUUGAUUGUUAUUUUUGCUCAAUAAGAUGUUUACAUUAUGCAAAACUUUAUUAA